UCUACCCAAGAGAAGGGCAGUACUGCUGACCAACCACGUGGUCACUCUCACUUAGUCUUUCACUGGGUGAAGUGUAACGCAGAUCUCACGAGGGAGAAGAAGAGUAUCUCUUUUCUAAAGCUCGGGAUUAGAGUUAAACAUUGUUUUAAAAUGCAAGAGGGCUCGCUUUCUCUCACCCCAUCUUUUCGGAUUUUCUAUCUGCGACUCCUCGGAUUUUGUUUCCUGUACUUCUCAUCAGUUGCAGGUACACAAGCUGAAUGUCCGGUUCAGCUCAGCCAGCAGCGUGUUGUUGUGAGAUACAACGGAUCUGUAGCAGUUAACUGUAACACUUCAAUCACACAUAAAGGGAUGGGAUGGGAAGCCAGUGAGGGAGCAGUGCCCAUGACCAGAGACAAAAUGAUCACAUGGAGAGUGUCACACCUGACAGAAUGGGACAUAGAGCCAUUCUGCUUCAUAAACCAUGAGGAACAGUGUCAAGUACAGCUCCUGGUCACUAUUUACAAGACUCCAGACAGUGUGUCCAUAAGCAUUGUGGAUCACAGCGGACCAAUGAUAGAGGGACAGCAGUAUAAGCUCCAGUGUGAUGUUCACGAUGUGGCUCCUGUUCAGAAUCUCACUGUCAAAUGGUACAAAGGACAGACUCUGCUGGAUAAAACCACCUUCACUGAGGAUAGCAAGACUCCAUUGAAUGAAACCGCCACACUCCUGAUCCGUCCAGACAGAGCUGAUGAUGGAGCUCAAUACAGCUGUGCAGCAGAGCUGGAACUGGGAGCAGAAGGACCUCAACCUCCUCCAAAUAAAACAUCAGAAUCUCUCAGCUUUACUGUAUAUUUUAAACCGAUCAUCGAUGAGAACAAACUGCCCUCCAUAGUGCCUGUGUUUCGAGGCUAUCCAGAGGUGCUUGUUUGUGAAGCCGAGGGAAACCCAAAACCAACAAUCAGCUGGAUCCUCGGCACAAAUGUUAUAGUAUAUAAUGAAACUCUUACUAUAUCAGAGUCAACACCUGAGCAUGUUUACUGCAUUGCAGACAAUUCUGCUGGCAGGACCACCAGACAAGUAAAUGUGUCCAUACAAGAUAUUUCCAUCAGCACUGUGAGUCACACAGGACCAAUGAUAGCGGGCGAGUGGUAUGAGCUCCAGUGCUUCAUUCAGAAUGUGGUUUUUAAGAUUGUUGAUGUGAGAUGGUACAAACUGAAUCAAAUCAAUGUCACUGAAACCAUCAAGACUCCAGCCAAUUUAACAUAUAAAGUCCGGAUCCGCCCAGACAGAGCUGAUGAUGGAGCUCAGUUCUGGUGUGAAGCAAAGCUAGAAGCCAAAGGACCUCAACGUUAUUCAACAAUGUCAUCAGAUCAUCUCAGCAUUACUGUACAUUCUAAACCGAUCAUCGAUGAGAACAAAUUGCCCUCCAUAGUGCCUGUGUUUCGAGGCAAUCCAGAGGUGCUUGUUUGUGAAGCGGAGGGAAACCCAAAACCAACAAUCAGCUGGAUCCUCGGCACAAAUGUUAUAGUAUAUAAUGAAACUCUUACUAUAUCAGAGUCAACACCUGAGCAUGUGUACUGCGUUGCAAACAAUUCUGUUGGCAGGACCACCAGACAAGUAAAUGUGUCCAUACAAGAUAUUUCCAUCAGCACUGUGAGUCACACAGGACCAAUGAUAGCGGGCGAGUGGUAUGAGCUCCAGUGCUUCAUUCAGAAUGUGGUUUUUAAGAUUGUUGAUGUGAGAUGGUACAAACUGAAUCAAAUCAAUGUCACUGAAACCAUCAAGACUCCAGCCAAUUUAACAUAUAAAGUCCGGAUCCGCCCAGACAGAGCUGAUGAUGGAGCUCAGUUCUGGUGUGAAGCAAAGCUAGAAGCCAAAGGACCUCAAGUUAUUUCAACAAUGUCAUCAGAUCAUCUCAGCAUUACUGUAAAUUUUAAACCGAUCAUCGAUGAGAACAAACUGCCCUCCAUAGUGCCUGUGUUUCGAGGCUAUCCAGAGGUGCUUGUUUGUGAAGCCGAGGGAAACCCAAAACCAACAAUCAGCUGGAUCCUCGGCACAAAUGUUAUAGUAUAUAAUGAAACUCUUACUAUAUCAGAGUCAACACCUGAGCAUGUGUACUGCGUUGCAAACAAUUCUGCUGGCAGGACCACCAGACAAGUAAAUGUGUCCAUACAAGAUAUUUCCAUCAGCACUGUGAGUCACACAGGACCAAUGAUAGCGGGCGAGUGGUAUGAGCUCCAGUGCUUCAUUCAGAAUGUGGUUUUUAAGAUUGUUGAUGUGAGAUGGUACAAACUGAAUCAAAUCAACGUCACUGAAACCAUCAAGACUCCAGCCAAUUUAACAUAUAAAGUCCGGAUCCGCCCAGACAGAGCUGAUGAUGGAGCUCAGUUCUGGUGUGAAGCAAAGCUAGAAGCCAAAGGACCUCAACGUUAUUCAACAAUGUCAUCAGAUCAUCUCAGCAUUACUGUACAUUUUAAACCUAUCAUCGAUGAGAACAAACUGCCCUCCAUAGUGCCUGUGUUUCGAGGCAAUCCAGAGGUGCUUGUUUGUGAAGCCGAGGGAAACCCAAAACCAACAAUCAGCUGGAUCCUCGGCACAAAUGUUAUAGUAUAUAAUGAAAGUCUUACUAUAUCAGAGUCAACACCUGAGCAUGUGUACUGCGUUGCAAACAAUUCUGCUGGCAGGACCACCAGACAAGUAAAUGUGUCCAUACAAGAGAAUUACAUACCCAUAAUAUUAGGCAUUAUUGUUGCUGUAGUGGUGGCCAUUUCAGUCAUCUUCAUCUUCAUCUACAUCUACCUGACCAACUACAAAAAAACCAAGACGGGCCAUUAUGAUGUGAAGGAGGCCAAUGCACAUAAAGAACUCUUAGCGCAGACAGUCCCCAUGAAGGAACUCUGUCAGAGCAAUAUGUCUGCUUUGGUUAUGACUCCCUAAGCUGGAUCCAUCUUCUGAGCUUCACUGUCCGCAGUCAGAUCAGUCGGAUCAUAUUUUGAUAAGAAAUCAUACGGAUCAGUGUUAUUUCACUUCACUCUCGGAAUCCAGCUGACAAUCACAGUAUCACACCUUAACACUGGUGUCUGAGGAUGUUGAUCAACUAAAAAUGGCUUAAUAGCAUCCUUAUUAGGCUUUUAUUGGAUUCUCGUAUGUUUUUAUAAAAAAAAAAAAAACACUAUACUUAUAUUGUAUGUCUCAGGCACUCUGAUCAUUUUGAAUAUAUAUACAGGUAUAUAUUGUACUACAACUAUGUUGAGAAAGACACUGAAGCACUAGAGGUUGUAAUUUUGUGGUGACUUAAGGAUUUGGAAGAAGAGUUUCCUUGUGUAUAAGCUGUAUGAUCACUUUGUGAUCAAAUGAUGUAAAUUGUCUCAGGCCUCUCUGUAAAUAGAAUCUAAUUUUUGUGUAGAAUAUUGUCUAUUUAUAUGGAAUUCACAUAUAAUCUUAGUCUUAUUUGGAGCACAAGUGUUAAACAUGAGCUAUAAAUGCAUUUUUGAGAAAACCUUUUUAAAGAAUUUCACUGCAUUUCUAUUUUAUACUGUAAAAUGAUUGAAAAUAUAUUUUUAAAACUGUGCUAAGUUUAAAAAAAACUCUAUGACUACAGUAGCUCUACAUUAGCUUAAGAUCUUAGCAAUGAUGGUCAUAAUCAUUCCUAUUGGGAAACGCAGGGGGAAUAAAGCCAGACCUGCUACUUUAGUAGUUCUGCACCACUGAAGCUUUCUUGUCACUUGCAAAGACUGAAUAUAAGCCUCUUUGUUUUAUAUAGCUAGCUCUAAACCUAGCUGAUGUAUUCUACAAUAGCUAAAAUAAUUGUUCAGAAGCUUGUAUCUGUAUAGCAUUAGUCAAAGCGUGAAACUGGCUGCCAGUUUUUUAAGCCUGAACAGUGUGUGUAUUUUGGUUUGUUUUGCUGGCUGACACAUUGACAUCUGUGCAAAUGCUAAUGUUUUUAGUUACCAAGCAGCUUCUUACAAUGUCUCACCCUUGUUCAUUCUGACACUGAAACUGUUAAAAAAGUUAUGAAGAUAUUAAAAAGAGUGGAAUUUGGCUGGUUGCAUGGUUUUUAAAAUGGUGGCAUACUUGUGGACCAUACUCCUGUGUAGAAUAAAAUAGCUUAGUUUUCAUUGCAUGUGAAUGUACAUCAUUUCAAACAUGUCAGAAGUAUGAUUCAUUACUUUAUGUGAUGAAACUGUUAUUUGGAACUACUAGUUGUUUCUAGUUUUGCACUUGUUUGAUUCUAUAGCUUCAUUAUUUGUAAAGCACACACUACUGAAGAACACUCUGAAUGCUCUAUUCAGCUCGUCCCGCGGAGUGUUUGGUGCUGGCACAACAGAUCUGUUUCUGUUUACUGCUCCAGUUGACUCACAAGAACGCUUAUGAGUGAUGCACUGGUUGCACACUCACAGUCUCUUCUAUUCAGAGUACUGAGUAUUCAGACAUGCUGCUCCUUUCUGAAUACUGUAUAGAAGGGAAGUAUGCAUUAGUCAUGACCAAUGUUUGUGGGAGUCCAGUAUGACUCACAUUUUGUUACACAUUUUCAAAGGUGGUCUUUAAAGACUUAACGCGAUGUUCAAAACCACUUUGCCUUAUCUAAAAGACAGGUGAAUGAGCUCGCUCUAUUUAUAGUCCCCGAUUUGUCGUGACAUGGUGCAAAUGAAUAAAGUUGCAACGUGCACUUUUAGAGAGAUGUGUGGGGGAGGGAUAACAUUAACUAAAACGGGCAGCUAUGCGAGGGCAGACUGGGAAGUGGUUUCCUGCGAUACAUGAAGGGUCCGAGACCGUGUGUUUUGUUACUACCUGAACAAUUAAACGCCGUUAUCUGGUUAGAACGCUUCUGAUACAGCGCAGAUACAAAUAAAAAUGACGGCGCGGCGCGAUCGGAUUUUCUUCACAUGUCUGUUUUUGGAUCUGCUGUCGCUGCGUUACGCGUUGGAUGUUAAACCGAUCAUCAAUGAGAACAAACUGCCCUCCAUAGUGCCUGUGCCGAGGCUAUCCAGAGGUGCUUGUUUGUGAAGCGGAGGGAAACCCAAAACCAACAAUCAGCUGGAUCCUCGGCACAAAUGUUAUAGUAUAUAAUGAAACUCUUACUAUAUCAGAGUCAACACCUGAGCAUGUGUACUGCGUUGCAAACAAUUCUGCUGGCAGGACCACCAGACAAGUAAAUGUGGUAUUAAAAGAGGAUUACCUGCCCUUAAUAGCAGGACUUAUUGCAGUCACUGUGGUGUUCAUCUCAGUCAUCUUCAUCUUCAUCUACUCUAUCUACUACAAAACAGCCAAGAUGGGCCGUUAUAGCCUUAAGGAUGCCAAGCCUAGUGCGCAAAAUGAAAACAUAGCACAGAAUGGCAAACACAGCCCUAUUCCUAUGAAGAAACUCUCUCAGAGUGAUAUCCUUGCUUAGGUUAUGAAUCCUUGGGUUCGCCGCAUCUGCCGAGUCACAGUGUCCACAAUUAACAAGGGAUUUUGACACUGGAAGUCUUUAGGCCUCUACUUUGGGGCUAGUUUCUUCAUGGCUUCAUUAUUUUUAUUUUAUAGAGCACCUGUUCAUUCACUUCACUCCUAGAUCCAGUCUAACUGUUAAUUACAUCACAAAAUGAACUUUUCAGUUUCCAGCAGUCUGCUGUUUAAUGGACCAGAGGAAAAUAUGUGACAGAACAGAUGAAAAUGAAAUGCUGAAUGAAUUUCAAAGUAAAGGACCUGAUGUCUGCAGUGAACAGAUCUGCAGGUCUUGACAUAAGUGAAUGUUCAUCAACUACAAAGUGACAUUAUUUGAAUAAUGUUUUCUUUGUACACCUAUUUAAGGGAAGGCUCUUGUUAAAUUGUUUAACGGGACUGUUCUUUUGUAUAUGUCUCUGGCACAUUGAUCAGUUUGAAUGUUUGUGUUUUGUCAAGUGCUAUACAGUGUAUAUAUUAAGAAAUGAUGUUUUAUUAACAAAGUUCGGGAGAAGCACGUUCAGAUAAUUAACCAAUUAAGCAUGAUAGUAAAUAUACAGCCAACUUACUUUUGUUUUAUGACAGUUUUCAGGCAUUCCUCCUCCACACCAGCUCCUCACUUCUAACUAUUCCUAUCCAAGCUUGGGAUGAGGGGGAGUUCUCUGAGAGAUCGGAGCCCUCACUUUGGACAGCAUGUCACAUAUGCAUACUAUUUGCUCAGUCUGAUUAUAUGUAAGUCUAACUUGUGAAAGACACUACAGUUGAAUAUGUUACUUUGUUAAACAAGUUAUUCAUUUAAAGUUUCAGUUCCUCUGGCAAAAUCCGCAUUUUAGAGGUUGGCACACGGUGACUGUGAAGAAGUGAAAGCUUGUGAAUGAGGGGUCUCAUGGUGAACCUGUGGGAAAAUAUUUGGAUGAAUUUCUAAAAAAUUAUGUCAGGCCUCAUGAUCUGUAAAAAAAUUAGAUGCUUGACAUUAAAUAAGUGUGCCAGUUUUAUGGCUCAAGCUGUAUAAUGUUGUUGAAAGCAUAGUUUAACCAAAAAUGAAGGCUUUGUCAUCAUUUACUCACCCUCAUGUUGUUCUAAAAGCUGCAUGCUAUUGAUGUUUUUUUUCGUUCUUUAUGUUGCUCAUUUUGGCUAUGACUAUAAAGCUUCGAAAGGUAAAAAAAAAAAAAAUCAUCAAGGUAGCCCAUACAACUAUAUAUCCUAAAACAAUAUGUUUAUUUUCAGUUUGAGAUGUGUGAUUGCUAUCAGUCGCUGUUGGAUGGAAAAUCGUUACGUAAUGAUUAUUCAAAAAUUCAACUUUUCAAUUCCACAAAAAGUCACACAAGUUUGGAACGACACGAGGAUGAAUAAAUGAUGACAGAAUUUCUAUGUUUGUUUGAACUAUCUUUUUAAUCAUGUCACUGAAUUUAUAUGCAUUUAAUCUCUAUAUGAAUGUAAUCUCACCCGUGUUCUGAUGGGUUUUAAAUUUUAUGGAAUUUAUACCUUCUGUCCUUAUAAGCACAUGAUAUUUGAAUUUGUAAAUUAACUUUGUUGAGACCAUUUUAGGAAACAUAAUUUGUUUAAAAAAAUCUAAUAAAAUAAAUAUUCUUUUCAUAGAA